GCGAAAGGUUUUGUCACUAGUAGCAACUGAGCUGACCCUGGUUGUAAUCAAAUACGAUAUACUUGCAUCGUGACUGAGUUGUGGACCCUUCGCUUAAGGAUAUCAGCAGGUUUUAAACUCCAUUGGGAAACAGAAAAUAAAGCAGAAAGUGCGGCCUUCUUUUCUUCAGACCAAGCAGGAUUCCUUCACUCUUGCCUUUGCUUUGUUCACUGGGAAGGUGCCCAAGGUAGCAACGCGAAUUGAGUUCGAGCUGCUGAUUGUUAUCAUUCUCACCCUUUUUCAUUUGACAGGGAAUACAGCUGCUAAUGCUAGCGAUAGCUAAACCAGCUACUGAGCGACGAGAGUCAAGACUCAAGCCCUGCUAACGUCAACUGCCCUGGCGUCAAUGCACAAAUCCAAGGAUUGGCGGAGCGGACCGGAGCGAUGAGGAGGCAGCAGUGAGGCGCAGGACCGCAGAGCGUGGGUCCUCCUGCAGCCGCGCCCAUGUUCUCCCCUGAGCCGGAGACCAUCUCCCCAGCGUCCACCAAAGCGCCGGUCAAGUACGGGGAGCUGAUCGUGCUGGGGUACAAUGGCUCUCUGCCCAACGGCGAUCGAGGCAGGCGCAAAAGCCGCUUCGCCCUCUGCAAGAGAGCCAAGGCCAACGGGGUGAAGCCCAGCACAGUGCACAUAGCCUGCACACCUCAGGCAGCCAAGACAGCGUUCCUCCAUUGUGAUCAGAAAGAGAGUGAGGGACAGAGUGAGGCUUCAGGGGUGGAGACAGUUGGAGAGGAGGAUGGAGAAAUGACGAGGAGAUGGAGCGAUACGGCGACCUUACAGGGAGGAGAGAAGAGGUGGGGGAGACAGAGUGCCAGACAGGGAGGAGCUAUGCAGGCCAUCAGCAACAAGGACCAGCACAGUGUCUCCUACACCCUGUCCCGGGUGCAGACGGUGGUGGUGGAGUACACGCACGACAGCAAUACAGACAUGUUCCAGAUUGGGCGGUCGACGGAGAGCCCGAUCGACUUUGUGGUGACGGACACGGUGGCGGGGAGCCAGAGCGGCGGGGAGGCGCAGACGGCGCAGAGCACCAUCUCCCGCUUCGCCUGCCGCAUCACCUGCCAGCGCAGCCCCCCCCACACCGCCCACGUCUACGCCGCCGGCUUCGACUCCUCCAAGAACAUCUUCCUGGGGGAGAAAGCGGCCAAGUGGAAGACGCCGGACGGGCAGAUGGACGGGCUGACCACCAACGGCGUGCUGGUGAUGCACCCCCGGCUCGGCUUCACCGAGGACUCCAGGCCCGGCGUGUGGAGGGAGAUCUCCGUGUGCGGCAACGUCUUCACCCUGCGCGAGACCCGCUCCGCCCAGCAGCGCGGCAAGAUGGUGGAGAACGAGACGCAGGAGCUGGUGGACGGCUCUCUGAUAGACCUGUGCGGGGCGACGCUGCUGUGGCGCACGGCGGAGGGCCUGUCGCGCACUCCCACGGUCAAACACCUGGAGGCGCUGCGGCAGGAGCUGAACGCGGCGCGGCCCCAGUGCCCCGUGGGCUUCAACACGCUGGCCUUCCCCAGCGUGCGCCGGCAGGACGCCGUGGACGACCGGCAGCCCUGGGCCUACCUGCGCUGCGGCCACGUACACGGCUACCACAGCUGGGGCGGCGGGGGGAGCGGGGGGCGCGAGGAGCGGCGGGGCGGCGACCGCGAGUGCCCCAUGUGCCGCGCCCGGGGCCCCUACGCGCCGCUGCGCCUGGGCUGCGAGGCCGGCCUCUGCCUGGACGCGGCCCCACCCACGCACGCCUUCGGGCCCUGCGGGCACGCCUGCUCGGAGAAGACGGCGGCCUUCUGGAGCCAGAUCCCGCUGCCGCACGGCACACACACCUUCCACGCCGCCUGCCCCUUCUGCGCCCAGCAGCUGAGCGCCGAGCCGGGCUACGUCAGGCUCAUAUUCCAGGGGCCUGUGGACUAGGCCGCCGCCCACCUGCGCCCAGACUCCGCCUCUCCGAGCUCUGAGUACAGGCUCCGCCCCCUUGAGUGCUACAUCCGGACUCCGCCCCCCGAGGUCUGAGUCCAGACUCUGCCACCCAAGCUCUGAGUUCAGACUCCGCCCCCCGAGCUCCGAGUCCAGGCUCCACCUCCCCUCCCCCUAGUGCUGUGUCCAGGCUCCACCCCCUGAAGUCUGAGUCCAGAAUCCACCCCCCGAGCUCUGUGUAUGGUGGGAAAUAAUAAGCUAGUUUCUUGUUUUUUUAUUUUCUAUUUUUUCUUUUUAAAAUUUUCUUUCUCUCCCCCUUUUAUUAGAUUUGUGAGCUCCUGUUUUUAAGUGACCUUUUUAAUGCUUUUUUAUUUACAAUGAAAUGAAACAAAGAUACCUAUAUUUUCAUGCAAUAUGAAUUAAGGACAGAAAUAGCCUCACACCCACAUGCAGACAUUAAAUGGGUGAACUUUUUCUGCAAAAGAAGUUUAAACAGUAUUUUAUUACUAAUAUAUUGUGGAAGGCGGGUUUUACUAUUCUGUAAUGCAAUAUACACCAUUAUACACCAUCCAGAGUUCUGUGUCUGUGUGCUUGUAUUUCUUUUUCUCUGUCAGAGAAAUAUAACAUAACCUUAAUAAAGAAUAUUUAUUCUUAAUAAUCCUACUCUAGAAUGAAAGCCACAAUUGAUGGUAUCCAUUAAUAUUCACUCAUAGAUCAGAUGCAAAUAAUUUUAUUUAAAGGAAAUCUGUUUACACACAGUAUAAAUGUUAGUCAGUAUCAAAGAAAUUAAAUUAUAGCUGCAUUAUGGGAUUUAUCUUGCGUGUUAUCGUUGGUGAUUUUGGGUUCCAACAUCUUAUACUACAUCAUAUUUAAAAGGAAAGGCACACUUUCAUACAGGCAUCCUGCUGGUUUUUGUUAAUUGUUAAUAUGUAAUGUCUCAAGGCAUUGCCAUAGAAUGAUUUGAUUCAACGUGCAAAGGAUAAAAGUAAAUUUGAAAAUGAGAGCAUAGCCAGUUGUUCGGCACCCUCAAAAUGUACAGCCAGGUUGAAGAAACCAGUCACUGACUUCCCAGUGUAAUUUCAGCACCAAGCAAGCCACGCCCAGUUCAGUGUCUUGUUCUGCAUAGCCACUGCCCUUUUAAAAGAUAUGAGUCUGGCCCCGCCCCUUCCUCUUCUUCACUGUUCUGAUUUGCUGCCAUGCUCUGCAGUGGACCACACUGCCCACAUGCGCUUUGUCCUAAUCAGCUUACUUGCCUACUAUUGAGUAUGCAUGCAAUGUAUCCAACUUGUAUACUCAGUAGUAGGCAAGUAAGCUGAUUCGGACACGACCAUGGAUUUAUAGUGAUCUGAAGCUCCAAUUCUUAUGAACUUCAAGAAGGAUGUUGUCUUUGGUCAUAUAUUUCAGUUGUGGUGUGAAAUUACUGAAAUCUUCCAUAUUUAUAUAUUGACAAAAAUAUAUCCAUAUACUGUACUAGAAUGUAAUAUAUUUUUUUGGUAUCCAUGAGUGAUUAAGUGGUUUAGUUUAGUUCUGAAAGUAGCAGUGAGUAAAAUCAGAUUCUUCUGUUGGCUUUGAAUACAUUACUCUAGAAUAUAGAACCGUAAACUCUCACUUUCUCCAUGUCCUGCUGGCUCAACGCAGAUCUCAGCACCUUGACUGUAUGUGUGUGUGUACGUGUGUGUGUGUGUGUGUGUGUUUCCCAGAAGGUUGUCUGAAUGUGACUGCAGACCCCAGUACAACAGUAAUGACCUCAGGGAGAGGCCACAUUUUGGUCACUUGCAUUAAAAUGAAACUCUCACGUCAAAACAACCUGUGUCUUCAUAGGAAAUCUAAAGAGACACUCACCUCAUGGUUAACUGUCUUUUGAAAAUUUUAUUUAUUACCUUCUGUGUCUGGUCUUGACCCAGUAUUAAAUUUAAGAUGAACUAUUGGACAAAUGCACUGUGCUGGUGAGAAAGGGCUUUCUCUCUUGUUUUUAAAAGACAGAAUUCAGUGUACCUAUCUGUCUGCAUGGUCUCUGUCCCCAAACACUUUUUUUCAGUUUCUGUUGUCUGUAUCCUGGGAUUUCCUGAUGAGAAUGUUUGUUGCAGAUGCCAGUUUUUGUAUCGACUUUUAAAAAUAAAGCCUUUUACACUUUGGUGUAGGUGUGUUAA